CUUGCUGAGAUCUGUUCAAGUCGGGGUCUGGAGGCGGCUGCAGACCGAAACGGUGAACAGAAAGCAACCGGAUCACCAAUUCCGGAGCAGGGCAGCUAUUUCAGCGAAUAAAUACACACUUAUCAAGGAUUCGCUGAACAUUUGUCUUUGGAAGAGAAGGCAGAAUGGACAACCACAAAAGGACGGUUGUUGUGACAGGGUUUGGUCCAUUUGGAGAACACUCGAUCAAUGCCAGCUGGGUUGCAGUUCAGGAGCUGAAAAAGUUGGGUCUUGGCAACGAGGUGGAGCUGCAUGUGUACGAGGUUCCUGUGGAGUACCAGACUGUUCAAACUCUAGUGCCUUCCCUGUGGAAGCAGUACCAUCCGCAGCUGGUGGUCCAUGUUGGGCUUUCUGGAAUGGCAACCACAGUGACCCUGGAAAAGUGUGGCCAUAACCACGGCUACAAGGGGCUAGACAACUGCAGCUUCUGUCCAGACUCUCAGUGCUGUGUGGAGGGAGGUCCUGACUGCAUAGACUCUGUCAUUGACAUGGACUCUGUCUGUAAAAGAGUUGCCGCUUCGGGACUGGGGGUUGCAGUCUCUGUAUCGAAGGAUGCUGGCAGAUACCUGUGCGAUUUCACCUACUACACCUCCCUGUACCUGAGCCACGGCCGGUCCGCGUUCAUCCACGUGCCCCCGCUGGGCAAGCCCUACACUGGGGAGGACCUGGGCCGGGCACUGCAGGCCAUUGUGCGAGAGAUGCUGGACAUCCAAGAGCAGAGCGAGGCGAAAAUCAACUGUCAGCACGCACACUGAAGACACAGGGAACAGAGAGAGAGAGAGAGAGAGAGAGAGAGAGAGAGGGGGCUAGAGAAACCCCUUGGAACAUUGCACUUAGGGAAAAAUAAAAAGAUCAUGCCUCAACAAUAAUAAAAACCCAAAAAUGUGAGAGCAGGUCGGGACAUGAACUCGUUUGACAUGGGAUCUGCGACGACGUGAUGUCAUGUGACCUUCCUUCUCUUUGCCAAGAUUCCGAGUCCAGCAAUCUAGAUCCAGCCACUUUCACCUGCUCAGAACCUCAACUGGUGCUAGUUUAUGCUUUAGACUGCUUGUACACUAAGAAGUCUAGGCACAAGAAUCCAAGUUCUGGUCAAGAUUUAUACCAGCUAGCCUAAUUGGUCACUUGUGCCCCCUGAUCAUAACGUUUGUGUUGGAUCCUACAAGCGUGCAUUAGAGUGUACAACAAAGGAUGAUCAAGAUACCUUAGAAGUAAAAUAUAAAAUAGGGUAAUUGUUGUUUUUUUUUUAUAUAUAAUCUAUCUUUUAGUUUUGUGAUCUAGUAUUCUAUGAAGACAGUCUUUUUAAAAUGUUCUAAUUAUAUACAAAUAUAUAUACAAUUACUGCUUUCUAUUGUAUACCUCCCUAUAAUUAAAACAAAAAACUUUGCUUGAGUUUUAAAUACGCAUUUCAAAAAAAGCUAAAGGUGGCGCAACUGAUCAGAAAUCCCAUCAGUUUUCUGGUCAUGGGCCUAGCCAAAAAAGGUUGUUUUUUUUUUAAACAUACUGCGGUCCAAAUUUAAACUUGAACUAGCCAAACAUUCCUUCUAGUCCAUUUUUAGUUGGAUUGAGAGAACAGUUAGAUUUGAAAAUUUGAUGAAAGAUAUAUGUACAGAUGUGUACAUGUUGAUCUUUAUAUAUAAAAGUAGUACUGAAUUUUUUGAGCGCUCUAAUCCAGAUUACAGUACAUUUACCAGUUAAAGUGAACCAAGUUUUUACUACAAAACCGCUUCAACUAAAUUACGUGGUUCAAAACUAAUUUGCGUAGCAGUAAAUAGAAAAAUUAAUUCCUGUGAUUUCUAUUGUUCUAAUGUGUCAUAUGUGACCCUGUGUGUUGAACCAGUAGCACUUGUUAAAUAUACUUGUUUUAUUAGAUUAUUCCCCUUGUCACCUUGUUCCUUAAACAGAACCGUAUGGCCUGUAGCUAGGGAUAUCUUUAAACUAUUGCACUGGCAAUAGGACUGUGAAUAGUUCCUAUUAGGUAGAUAACAGUAUGGUUGACUGUGAUGGUUUUGGCUGUUUUCUAAUUCCAUGAUUUUUGUUUCCAUGAAAUUGUAAUGUGAAUUAUUAUUAUUACAUUUCCAGCAUAUUAUUCUCAUUCUAUUUCUAGUGGUCUGGUUUAUAGAUGGUAUUUGUAGGAUUGUUUUUGAAGUGUGAUCUGCACUGUAACCACAUUGUGUUGUUGUUGUUUUUUGUUGGUAGACAUGGGCAGCCUCCCUGAUAUUCAACCCCAGAUUUUUAUUUCCGGACUGAUCCAAAUGGCAUCCAUUAUUUUAAGUGCUAUAUUAGUCUAUAAACCCCUUGUUCUGAUGUCGCACUUGGGCUGCUGUCAGUCUUUCCAGACACAAACGUAAAACAUUACCUCAGAGUCGCUUUCUUUCAAAUUCCCGUUCAUGCAUUUUCAUCUCUUUCGAAUGUCUCCAGGACCUGAUAUGCAUAUAAAAAUACAAAGAUUUGAACUUCUGCUCUGUAUCAGAUGGAAGCAUGGCUGUAGCCGGGUUCCCACACUCGUGCUUUACUCAGUGUUAGUCUAAAUGGCACGUGUGUAUUUUCAGUACAUCAAUGUUGUUAUGUAACUUGCUUGUCAGAGUGGACGCUUAUGCAGCUUGACCGAGAUGUCCCAUCCCUUCCGUUCCUGUAACUGUCUUAAAGGGAAUCGUGUACAGCUAUUUCAUGGAUAGGUAACCAAGGAUUAGUGCUUCAUAGCAUUAUCACUGGGUCUGUCUUCAGUGUGCUGAAAAUCGGUUGGUUCUUCUGGCAUUUUAGCAGGAUAUGCCUUGUGCUGUGGGUCACAUGACUCUGGUUGCAGUUAGACCAUUGGAGUAGAUCUGACCUACGUCAGAAGUGGUUAGGUACUGGGAAGCAGCAACAGAUGUAUGUUUUUGCAUAUUGAUUCUGAAAUAUUUUUUCUUGAUGCAUAGUGCCACCUGUUGGAUUGAUAUUGUAUUUUUUUUUUUUUUAUUAUUAAAGGGAAAAUGAUGUUUCCCUUAAUCUCUGGGUAAACGCACCGGAUGCAGCAUUGUAUUUAAAAUUAGUCCAGAACUAACAUAAACAUUGAAGAACCAAAUGAUUAUUGGCACAAUAAAGCAGGUACUAAGAAUCAUAGUAAUAAAACUCAUAAGAGUUCAUUUCACCUAUUCACCCUUAUCGUUGUUUAUCCCUUAUUCGAAGCGACUGCAGUCCUUGUUUCUUCCAUUGGACACAGCGAGCACUAGGAAGCCUGCCCAUCACUUCUGAUUUAUAGAGGUGGUGUAGAUGUAUGAAAUCAGUAUGCAGCCUCAAGGUAACAGUACUCUAGUGUGUCACAGCUGCUGCAGACCGUUGGCACCACUGUUUUUGACACAGAGGUGGUGUAAGGUGGCAUUGCUCUAGUUAGGCUUGUAUAAGCGGUUUUGCUUAAAUCAAUAAGGAAGUAAAGUCCUAAAAAAAAUAAAUAAAUAAAUAAUACAAAUUCCACAGGACGUUGUUGCCCCUGUGUCCCCUUUGUGUAGCCAUGAAAGCGAGCUCUAAACUGGGCACUGGAAAGCAGUAUCUGCAGAGUGACAGGCCUGUUGUAUUUCAGUGCCACUUUGGUUCUGUAUGCAGUUUUUGCAGUGUGUAUUGAAAGUAGUGGUAGGGAUGUACAGUGCUGUAUUGCGUGAAAUCAUAAGCCAGUAAUUUUGGUAUUUGUCUCAAUGUUUAGUAGCUGCUCCUUUAUGGGGGGGGGGUUUACAGUCAAACCGAGCGAUGACUUGAGGACCUAUCUAGUGUUAAGAUAAUGGUAUGGUAUCUAAUGGUACAUUUUAGAAAUUCUAAAGUCUUUCGAGAUGAAGAAAUUAAGUUUCUUUCUUUAAGUACAAAUGCCACAGAACAGUCUUGUAUUUGAGAUGUUGCUUCUCAUUCAUUGGAGGGGGGAUGGGGGGAUAUAGACUUAUAGACGUGGUUUACAACUGUGAGCUCUCUGUUUUAUUGUCUGUCUGCAGUGCCUUUUAAAACCCUAUUGUUAACUGGAGUGUUGUAAAGGGCUCUGUCUUGCUAGUAAAUUAUUAUUACUUCUGGCUUGUAUGAAAUAUAACAACAGUUUUGAGUGACACUGUUUAAGCUCAAUAUAUUUUCAAUAUAGAUCUAAUACCUGAAUACCUACCUCUGUGAUAUUGUUCCCCCUCCUUUUAAAAUGUAAUUUUCUGAUUUCGGGGUUGUACCAUUUUUAAAUAUGGCAUCUAGAUUUAUAUUGGGUUCCACUCUAAAGGAAAUAUAUUUUCCAGUACAAUUUGUUGUCAGACUUUUCAGCUGAAACUCUGUCUUUGUAACUUUGUAAGUGACAUUGAAAUUAAAAUUGGGACAAAAAAAGGGGUAAUGCACCUUUUUUUAUUGAAAAUAUUAAUGUUUAAAAAAUUAAAUAAAAAAUUGAAAAUA